AUGGCUCAACGUGUUACCUACAGAAGAAGAAAUCCAUACAACACUCGUUCUAACAAGAUCAAGACUGUUAAGACCCCAGGUGGUAUCUUGCGUGCUCAACAUGUCAAGAAGCUUGCCAAGAGACCAAGAUGUGGUGACACCGGUGUCCCUCUACAAGGUAUCGCUUCUUUGAGAUCUAGACAAUACGCCACUAUCUCCAAGACUAAGAAGACUGUCUCCAGAGCCUACGGUGGUAAAUUAUCUGCCAACAGUGUCAAGGAGAGAAUUGUCAGAGCUUUCUUAAUCGAAGAACAAAAGGUCGUCAAGAGAGUUGUCAAGGAACAAACCGAGGCUGCAAAGAAAGAUGCUUCCAAGAAAUCAAAGAAAAACUGA